CUUGAAGUUGUAAAUCCCAACACGGUGCACCCCAACGACCUCAUUCUCGGUCGCCGCGAUAGCUCUGGCUUCUCUUUGGACAAGGCGAUGGAGCGAGCCCGUGUUCUCGAUUACGACCUCCAGCGCCAAAUCACUCCCCACAUGGCUCAGAUAAAACUCCUUCCUUCCAUCUACUACCUCGACUUCGUCCCUCAAGCCCAUCUCAGGCAUAUCCGUGCUGACGUUCGCAAGUUCAAGAAGGACAAUGGUCUCGACCGCGUCGUCGUCUUCUGGACUGCCAACACCGAAUGCUACAGUGACCUCAUUCCUGGCGUCAACGACACCGCCGACAACAUCUUGAACACCAUCGAGACCUCUCACCUUGAAGUUUCUCCAUCCUCCGUCUUUGCCGUCGCUGCGAUUCUCGAGGGCGAACCCUUCGUCAACGGUGCUCCCCAGAACACCUUCGUCCCGGGUAUCAUCGAGCUCGCUGAACGCGAAAAGUCGGUCUUGACUGAGUUCCUCGUCAAUGCUGGUAUUAAGCCGUUGUCUAUCGCGUCGUACAACCAUCUCGGUAACAACGACGGCCACAACCUUUCUGCUGAGAGGCAGUUCAGGAGUCAGGAGAUCAGCAAGAGCAGCGUCGUGGAUGAUAUGGUCAAUACGAAUAGGCUGCUGUUCAAGGCUCCUGAGGAGGGCACUGAGGGUAAGGGGAACAUCCCGACCAUGUCGUUGUUAUCAAGACUCCCUCCUUGCUACGCCUCUGAUUCUCGACCUAUCCUCACGGAGCUCCUCACUCGCGUCAAGUACCACAAGGCCGAGACCAGCGAGUUCCAGCCUCUCUACAGCGUCCUCUCGUUGCUCUCGUACAUGCUCAAGGCGCCGCUCGUCAAGCCCGGCACCGAAGUCGUCAACAGCCUCAACAGGCAGCGUAACGCGCUCGAUGCGUUCCUCAAAGCCUGCAUUGGCUUGGAGGGUAGCAGCGACUUGUUGCUAGAGACUAGGAUUUGGUAG